UGCUACUUUUCCUUCUAUUGAUCUUCCAAGGUUCCUCUAUUCUUCUGAACAAAACUGGCAGUCAAGGAAAACACUGCAUUAAGAAAGAACUUUAACACAUGCUCAAGUGACUUGGAGUAAUAACCUGUUGUAACCCAGGCUCUUAUACCUGUAACACAGAACUAGUUAGGAGAUAUUCAGGAAGAGGACACUGGGUUCUGACAGCGAUCUCAUCCCUGAUGGGACUACAAUUUUUUAAAAAUCAGCGAAUUUCCUCCAGGAAGAAAUUAACCAAAUUUUCCAGGGAGCUGUGUCCAUUCCUCAGUGUGAUUAGAAUACUAAAAGGGGGGUUUGAGGGGAAUGGAGCGCAGCGGGAUGGGAGAGAGGGUAGAAGGUUGUCAAAGGCGGGUUGGGGGCCUGAAGUGGGAAAACAAACAAACAGAAAGGGGUUACCCAAAGGAAGGGCGCCGCGGGGCGCCAGCUGCUGAGUCAGCAGCAGCAAUAAGGGAGGAGGUCCCAGCCCUUGCAAGUGGAGAGCCUGCUUAGGGCUCGAACUCAGCUGCUGGGGUGUGUAGCCGCGCCUAGGCGAGCUGAGCAGCUGCCACUCCAGCUUCUCCCUCCAGGACCCACUUCUUACCAGAAGCAACUUUGCUUCCUCACUUGCCUUAACUUUUGUCCCCCUCCCUGCUUUUCCCUUGCUAGAAGCCAAGCCAGUGUCCCUUUCUGCCAACCUCCCUCUCCUCCCGCUCCCAGCUCCCCAGGGACUGAAGUGAAGUUAGUAGGGAGUGGGCUGCUGGCCACUUUGAGCCUGCCGUUGGCUGACUCGCGGUCGCUCGCUCCCUCCGGACACUAUGAAGCCCCCUGGCUGGACAGCUGCUCAGUGGAUGCUUUGUCUGCUCUUUUUGCGGAUCUCGGGACCAGGGCAUUGCUACCUUUACAACAAUCGCUAUGCAGGAGAUAAGGUGAUACGGCUAGUCCCAGAAACAGAGGGGAAGGCGCAUGUACUGAAGAAUGUAUGCCAUCAAUUUAAAGUGGACCUAUGGCAGCCCAGCAGCAUCUCCUAUAUCUCGGAAGGAACGGUUACAGAUGUCCAUAUUCCCCAAAAUGGCUCUCAAAUCCUGUUAGCCUUCUUACAACAAGCCAACAUCCAGUACACGGUCUUAAUAGCUGAUCUUCAGAAAACAUUAGAAAAAGGAAGCAGCUUAAAGGCCCAACGGAAACGUAGAUCGCUCCAGGAUAGUUAUGAAGUUUAUCACUCUUUAGAAGAAAUUCAAAAUUGGAUGCAUCAUUUGAAUAAAACCCAUUCAGGCCUCAUCCACAUGUUUUCUAUUGGAAAAUCAUAUGAGGGAAGAUCUCUUUUUAUAUUAAAGCUGGGCAGAAGAUCCAGGGCUUACAAAAGAGCUGUCUGGAUAGACUGUGGUAUUCAUGCAAGAGAAUGGAUUGGUCCUGCCUUUUGUCAAUGGUUUGUAAAAGAAGUUCUUCAGACAUAUCGAAGUGAUCCUGCCAUAAGGAAAAUGUUAAAUCACCUCUAUUUCUACAUUAUGCCUGUUUUUAACGUUGAUGGAUACCAUUUUAGCUGGACCAAUGAUCGAUUUUGGAGGAAAACAAGGUCAAGAAACUCAAGGUUCCGUUGCCGUGGAGUGGAUGCUAAUCGUAAUUGGAAGGUGAAAUGGUGUGAUGAAGGGGCUUCCUUUCACCCUUGUGACGAUACAUACUGUGGGCCUUUUCCUGAAUCUGAGCCAGAGGUGAAGGCAGUAGCUCACUUUCUCCGAAAACGCAAGAAGCACAUCAGAGCCUACCUCUCCUUCCAUGCUUACGCACAGAUGUUGCUCUACCCCUAUUCUUAUAAAUAUGCAACAAUUCCCAAUUUCAGCUGUGUUGAAUCUGCAGCUUAUAAUGCUGUUAAUGCCAUUCAUUCAGCAUAUGGGGUCCGCUAUCGAUAUGGGCCUGCAUCAAGCACCUUAUAUGUGAGUUCUGGCAGCUCAAUGGAUUGGGCUUACAAAAAUGGAAUACCCUAUGCAUUUGCUUUUGAACUGCGUGACACUGGGCACUUUGGAUUUUUGCUCCCAGAGUCUCUAAUCAAGCCAACAUGUACAGAGACAAUGCUGGCAGUGAAGAAUAUCACAAUGCAUCUGCUAAAGAAGUGUCACUGAGAGAUGUCACUAGAGGCCAGACCUCAGCAAGAGCAGACACAUCACCCUUGUCUGGAAGGAUGCUGAGCAAGGGCCUUGCCUUGGUUUUUCAAAACUGUUUGGGAUUGGCUGGUUGCUAUAUUGUUUAUUUGUUCUUAAAGAGACCAACAAACACUGCUUAUGAUGAAUUUCCAUGCAAGUUAACUAGUCAAUUGACUUUAGAAGUGUUUCUAAUGCUGCUCAGCUCCCCUGAAAUAGAAAGUAAAGUGAAGAAUCAGCCUUACCAUCAGAUGAUUCUGUUAUUAGAAGGAAAAUGGUCAUCGAGUUUCCUUUAAAAGAAAACAUUAUCCUUGAGACCAAAUUUAAUAAGGGAGGAGAAAAAAAGAAAGCUUAUUUCUCCUACUCUUAGUUUUGAGGGAGGAGAAAAAAAAAGAAAGCUCAUUUUUUUCUACUCUUAUUUUCCAGGAUGUUUAUGACAUAUUUAGCAAUGAUUAAUCUUUAAUAAAUCUUGUACUCCUAUUUGAGACCUAUGUUACCUUUUUGCCUGUGUUUUUAAUCAUUUACCACUCGGUCUUUUUAAGUGUAACUAGGCUUCCUCAGGCUUCAGUGAAAGUGAGGUUACAGAAGAAUGCAAGCAACUGACCUGGAAAGGACCAAUUUUAUUUCUUUUUUUGUACUAAAAUUAAAACUUUUACUAAACACUUAACACUGAAUGUCCAUGCAGUUAAACUUGCUUAGCAAUUAUUUAUACUUAAGUUAAUUCAUUUCAGCGCAGAAAGAUACUCACUCUAAGUCUUCCUGAGUGUUCCUUGUCUAUUCAUUCUUAUUCAGUUUUUGUUUCAUAUAACUACUAAGCAUAGGCUAUUCUUUUGGCUCUGUUCUUUUCAUUUAAUAUUAUUCUAUGAAGCUCUUUGAAAAUGUCUAUAUUUUUCUCAUAAUUGUUUUAGUUAUAUUCAAAUAUUUCUUUAUAUGAAUCUACCGUAAUUUACUUAGCCAUUCCACUACUGUCAACUGACUGCCUUAUUGCUCUACUCAUCAUCCCUAUAUUCAAAACACCCUUUCCUGGCCAAAAUUCUACUACACGUGUUACCUCCCUUAUUAGAAUUCGGGUUCCUUGAGGGCAGAGUCUAUCUUGCUUUAGUAUUUAUGUACCCAGUGCUUAGCCCAGUGCCUAGAACAUAGUACAUGCAUGAUAAAUGCUGUUUGUUCUUUCAUUCCUUGUCAGACAUUUACGUUGCUUUAGUUUUUUGCAAAUGACAUCAGGUCCUGGACAUUAGCGCUACCAGAUACCAAAAGAGCAAGAUGUAGGAAGCAAGAUGCAAGCAUGUAUCAUGUCAUCUGCCUAUAAGAUGUAGAAAAUGAUCCUAGUUACAAAGAAGACAUAGAUGGUGAAUAAGAUGGUGAGGAAAACUUGGCUAGAGAUUUGACUUAGCUGUAUUCCACAGUAGAUACUGCCUAUAUAUUGCACAGAAUUUCCAUGCAUUAGAUGUUCCAUUAAAUCAAGUCUGCAUAGUGCUUCAUUGCUAGGAUUCUUUCCUUCUGGGCAAAAUAGAAGUUAUCUUUGGGUAAAUACAACUUACCUCUGACUUUUUAAAAUCCUUACCUUCCAUCUUAGAAUCAAUAUUAUGUAUUGGUUCCAAGGCAGAAGAGUGUAAAGACUUGUAAAUGGGGGUUAAGUGACUCACCCAAGGUCACAUAGCUAGGAAAUAUCCAAGAUGUCCCAUCUCUAGGCCUGGCUCUCAAUUCACUGAGCCACUUAACUAUCCCUUUACCUUUGACUUUUAACUCUGUAGGAACUUUGUGACAACUUUCUAAAGAAUUGUAUUAGGAAAAUAACCUGUGAUUUCAGCAGUGCCAGAACUCCUUCCAAGGACAUCACAAGCUAUAUCCAUAAGUUAUUGCCUUAGAGAGUUGCCAAAGACAGAGAUUUAGUGAUUUGUCCAUUGUUAUAGAGCUAGUGUCACAGGUAGCAUGAGAACCCAUCUAUACAUCUUUGUCACUCCAAAUCCAGGACUCUAUCCACUACUCCAUUUUCCAUCAGCAGUUGUUCUUGGCUUCACUCCAGGGAAUACCAUGCCCCACCCCAGGAAAAGCUGAUCAUCUGAAACCUCAUCACCAUGUUUGUUGACCCAGGUCUUGAUACUCAACACUUUUUCAUCUCCCCCACAGUUGCCUCUCUUCCCUAACUAAAGAUCUGAAAGGAAGAGCAUUUAACUCCUUCCAAAGCCAUCCUUUACAGAGGACUCACAACCUUCCAGUUAACUCUAUUUUCCAUGUAAGAAGUUCUUCUAGGCUUGACACACAUACACAUACACACAUGCAUGCACAUACAUGCAUGGCCCAGUUGAAUUGCUUUUUCCCAUCUUUGUUCUCAUCAAUGCUAUUUCUCCUUCUUCUAGAAUCCAAAUGUGAUUGUUUCCCUAUUCUUAUGGAACAGAAAAGUUUUUUAUAGUGACUUUUUACAAUAUUUUCUAUUUUUAUUCUGCUUAUAAUCAUUCCUCCAUUUUCAUCCUUAAAUGCCCUUGGGGUGACUUUGCUUAGUUGGAUAUUUUGCCAAUAUUUGUUAAAAGUCUCUUUAUGCCUUCCUCUAAGUUCCUCUAUGCUUACAAGAAAACACUUCUUGUAAUCAUCCAUCAUUCUUCUUCAAGAAAUCGUACAAACAAGUUUAGCAACUUUCAUUCUCCAUUUGGCACCUAAGACAGGUGUUUCCUGAUUAAAGCAUUUUCUUGGGUUUUUUGUUCUUGUGGCAGUCAGUGACAUUGGUUAAAUUUCUGUAUAAAAGUAUUUGUGACAGUGUGUAUGUGAUUUCUGUUGUCCAAUUCCCACUUUUGAUUUUCAAAUACUUGUUUAAAUAGUUUAAGUUGUUUCAAUUGUAUAUCAUAUUUUUUCUCAUUAUUAUUUCUUCUUUUUUGACCUCUUCUUGUUCUUUUUUCUCUUAACUGACCUUAGCUCUAAUUGGUUGAUGGUCUGACUGUAUACAGGAAAGCAGACAACAAACAUUUAAGUGCUCACUAGUGCUAGGCCCUGUCCUUACACACUGGGGAUAUAAAUACAAAUAAAAACAAAGACAGUUCUUGCUCUCAAGGAGCUUACAUUCCAAUGGGAAAAAACAACACACAAGAGGGAGCUGAAAGGGGGAAGGAGGGUUUCUGCAAAGAGUCAUAGUGUCAAAGUCCUAAAAGUCAGAAGCAGAGCCAGGAGAGGAAUUAGGAUUGGGUCCUCUCUCCAAAACAGAGGCACUAGGAGGAACUCAACAAUGAGAGGAAAAGGGCUGAAAUGGCAGCUCCAGCUUGAGAAGGUCACAGGGACAAGUAGAAGCACCUCUGUGCAAAGGUUGCACAAACUAAUGGGUGUUCCAGAUUAAGGAAAGCUCAAAUGUUAAGGGAGGAAGUUCCAGGAUGAGAUGGUAGCUGAUGAAUGUUUGCAAAGUCCAGAAAGUCAGAAGCAGGCCAUUGAUUCAGAGAUGACGCCCACCUCAACAAGUGUUUUGCUAUCUAUCAAAAUAUAAUCUCAUUAUUUAUUGUUUUCAUUUGGUGCUCAUUUUAUCAAGUGUCUACCAGUUCUUUUCUCAAUAAAGUAUUCAUCAUAUAGAGACAUGAGACUUCUGUGUAAUUUGUAAACUCAAGAAUUUGGUCUUUUUCACUCCUUUUAUCUGAACCAUGCUUUCCCCUCUGUUUCUCUAUAUUCAGCCCUUUUCCUACCUUUGCAUUGAAGUCACUGAUUAUCAGAGUACCCGGUAAUUUAAUUUAGGGAAUCUUUAAAAUGUCUUUAAACAUAUUUCUCUACCACUUCAUCCUUUGUAACUGACACUGGGGCCCAGACUGGAAUUAUUUUCGUGAUGGUUCUUUUGCAAAUACUUAUCAUUAGUUUGGUGAUACAUGCCAACCAAAUAUCCCUUGAAAUAAUGAUUCUGGUUGCAUUUAGACUUAUGAUAAAAACCCAUUUCACCAACUCCUUUCUUUACCUCUCCAAAGAUUAGCUGUGAGUUAUCUUUAUAGCCACUGGGACUUGCUUUUUUUUCUGGUUUCCUUUAUAGCAAGAGUGUCAAGAUUGAAAUUAUUUCAUUUUUUUAGAAAUAUGAUCAUUCACUAGUCAUUGACCAAUGAUCACCCAUUUAUAUUACUAAUAAUCAAAUUAAACUUUAUUGACCACAAACAUUAUUUUCAGCACCCUCUGCCUCCUUUCCCAUGACUGCACUACUAUCCUCUCAGAAAAAGGGAGUGCCUGAGCCACAGGUCCAUUUUUAUUCCUCGUUUCAUGUUUUGCCAUAGCCAAAAAAUUCAUUACCAGGUCUUCUUAAGAGUAUCAAAAAAUACACUGAUUUGCCUUUUCAGGUGAUAGAGCAUGCCAGGGCUUACACUACACUGCCAAAACCUUCUCUGGCCACUAGAAAAGAUAAAUGGAAGUUUUUCAUUUCCUAUAGUGGAAAAAUGUAUAUUAUGUUUUAAAAAUGUAUAUUAUGUACUGUGUAUGGUACAUCAGAUAGUCUGAUUUUGCCUAAUGUUAGCCUCACUUCAUUUGUACUGUACAAGAAGCAACAUAGUACAAUGAAGAAAUGAAUUUAAAGUCAGAAUGUGUGAGUUUCUGCACCAUCUCUGACAUUGACAAUGUGACCAUAGUCAAAUAAGUCAACCUCUCUGAGCCUGAGAAAAAUUUCUAAACCAAAAAUUAUAGACAGAUUGUGAUCUAUGUUAGUAAUAGAAAAAAGUUUCCACUCUGAUAAAAUCACAAAUUGACACGUGUACUCUAGGUACACUCUAGAAAAGGAUUUGUCUGAAAAAAGCAGCAUAUUCAUAGAUUCUGGCUAUAUGGAUUUUCUGUUUCCAUCCUAAUACUUUGUGGAACAAAUACAUAUCAGGGUCAGCUGUUCUGAAAUGAGCUAACACAUUCAAAAAGUGACAAAUUGCUCCUGUGCUGGUGUUAGUGAGAGUACUUAUUGGGGUGUUGAUUUUUUCAACAUUAUUUUGAUGUGCUAAUAUCUUUUAUGGGAAUUAGCAAUCUUUAGUGUAUACAAGUAAUCAGUUGGUUGAAAAUGGAAUUGUCUAUUCUUUUCUUCAUACUGUAACUUCUAAAAUAAAACAUUAUAAUUCAAAUAACACUAAAAAA